CGCUGAUGUCAGCGUUUCAGAAAAUCACUCUGUUGGCUUAUUUCGAUUAGCAGCACCGAGAACACCUCUCUCGCCAUUCACAAAGCAAACAGACAUUCAAUCGACGACGGACCUCCCAUGGCCUCCUUGGUAACAGGGAGCUGACACAGUGCCUGGCUUAUAGUAUACGGCAGCCUGGUAUAGUUCUGGUUAGGUGGGAAGUAAGAAAACAAUGUCUGAAUUGAGAAUGGAGUACAACAAGUCUUCCAAGUCUUCUCGUUCCUCCAAGUCGGGCAGUCAGAGCGGAAAGAGCAAAGGGAUGUUCACGUCUUACUUCCGCAACAAGCAACGUCGGGAUGCCGAGAAGAAGGAAGAACGACGACAAUUAGCCGAAGAAAAGCUGAGAGUCAUGUUGGCUCCGGUGCAAUUCAGUGAGGAAGAAGAAGAGCGAUUGCGAGAACUCAAACGGUACAAACGAUGGAAGAAACUCCAACAAGAACAAGAAGAACGCCAACGUGAGCUCAAAUCCAAAGCCAUGCCAUCAAUCCCAGAAACUCAAAUAGUUACUUCAGUAACACUGGAGGAUGAAAUUCUCGUUCCAAAACCAUUGCCAAGACGAAGACGCCACAGUAAAAGCAGACGACCAAUGGUCUACACACAACGAAUCGUCCAACAAACCAUGAAAGCACUUCAUCAACAUACAUGGGAACAACGAGUGGCAGUGGUCACGUCACUGAUGGCACUGCUAUUUAUCAGUCUACACGCCGAUAUACUGGGACCCAGAGUGUUGCCCCAACAACUCUUUCUCGACAAUAGUCAAGUGCCGUGGUACAUUAUUGUACUCAAAGACUGGGGCACGUUUUGUCACAUCAGUACCUGCUCGCUGAUCCAUUUCGCACUCUGCGAUAUUUCACUCAUUUACGCCUUUGAGUCCAUUGAGGUUGGAAAAAAGACGGGUCCCAAAGUCAAGGAAUUCUACCGAGAAAAGGUACAUGUUGUUGUUGCGGCACUCUCGGGAGGAAUUGUGGCACUUAGCAUCUGCAAGGCGCUCCUGGAGGCAUGGUUCCGCAUGUUGCGAGAAUUGCUCGAAACAGCCAUUAGUUUGGUGGGUCAUGGAAAGGGAGCUUGCGCUUCUCUCUAUCAUCACAUUGGAAAUGCUCCACAACAUAUUCUCAAUGGUCUCGCCAAGCUGGGACACAUUGCCAUGCGGCCGUCCGAAUGGAUCUCCUCCGUCUGUUCGGGACUCGCACGCUUGCUCACGGGGCUCUGUAUUUGGGUUCUUGCUGUAGUGAUCCCAUUUGAUUCCGAUGAUCGACCCUUGGUGAUGCGCAUGAUGAUGGCUCGAUCCCACGAGGAUCCCAAACAACAUGAGCAAACAGCCGCGGCACUGCAUGAACACGACAACAACUCGACUAUGGGGGAGACAAUUGCCGCAUUGAAUGCGACACUGAUCAACAUAACACUCAACAACAGCAAUGCAACUCUGGUCAACAUGCCAAAGGCAGAAGAUGUCAUUUACUGGCGCAAUGAUGCCUUUGAGACUUGUCGGUAUCUGCUCUCGCAUUCUGCCUUUUUCCUAGUGUCACUGCUGGUCGCCAUGCAUUAUUACACUCGAGGCUACCGGCACAAGUGCCAAAAUUCUGCCUUGCCGGGAAUGAGGGGCAACGAUGAGGCCUCCUUUCUGGAGGACCACAGCUCUAUUCGAACAACACCGUCGUUGGCUCGUGAUGAAACGGAACUACAUGCAAACCUGUCGUCGGACACGUCCAUGGAAACAUCGUCCACCAUUGCCGCAACGAGACCAACCUCCAUUACAGUCACAAUUGCAGCGGAUUACUAAGGACAAAGCGUGGAACAAAGCAAGGAAAUAUGACGUGGCUGAUUUUCGCAAGAGGACUUUCUGGGUGGGAUUUAGUCUGUUCGAUGGGAAAGAGCUGUCAGGAAGUUCAGUGCGCAAGCUGAUGAAAGGAAGAGGGUGUCGAAGGAUGGAAACUAGAAGCCUUUCGGUCGCGAAAGUACCUUUGGACACAAUGAACACACAACAAACGUACCGUAGCCAGACACAGGGGAGUCGGAAAUUCAUUGUUUCCUGGUGAUUGAAACAGAUUGGUGUUUCUUGUUCAACUCUGCCUGCGUAUGAAUCCGUUGCAUAGAGCAGGCAAAGAAAUCCAACGCGCAGGCUGUGGGUUGUCAGUCGUAUCACAUUCCUUUUAUUACAAGUGACUCCGUCACUCAAUCUAUAGUUGCAACAGCAUUGUCUGUAGUAGCAAGAAAUUUCUAGGGAGUGUUGUCUCACUGCACACAUAGUUUCCCGCAUUGCUUGCUCGCUAGGGCAGCAGUACCUCUACU